AAAAAAAAAAAUCUAGUACUGUGUUGUGUUCUUUUAACUUUUGACCACACAGUACUGUUGUUGCCAAGCUCUGUGCUGUGGUAGCAGAGUAGUAGUAGUAGCAGUAGUAGAGAAUUCUCCAACACCGCAACUUCGCGAUCAUCACAAAAAAUUCAACCCUUGUUAACGAAUCAUUCACCCCAAAAAAACGAUUGAUGGGAAUUGCUCAAUCGUCUUUGUUCAUUCGCUCCACAAUUUCACUUCCAAAGAUAUUUUCCCAACUUCGUACUUCUCACAGCCACAUCUCUUCUCCUUUUUCACCUCAUUGAGAGAGACAUAACUUAUCAUAAAUUAGUAGCAAAUAACUUAAAUUCAAUAAACUUCAAGCUUCUUGUAGUAAUUUUUUUGUUAAUUUUGAAGCUUCUCUGUUCUGGGAUUCCCUUGUAAGUUGCUGUUUCUUUGAUAUUUUCAAUCUGCGAAUUCCUCGAAGUUCUUAAAGAAUUUGUUACCCACAUGGGAUUGGUUCCAAUUGGAAAACCCAGAAUCACAGACCUCAAAGAACAACAGCAACAACGAGAAAAAUGGAUUCGAAACUGGAUUUAAUCCAGCAAUCUUUCAACACCCGUUACUCCCAACGUGUCCGUGAAGCUCUCAACGAAUUACCCGACAAUUUCACUAUCACCGAUCCGUCAAUUUCGGGCCACCCAAUCGUUUUCGCCAGCGGCGGCUUCUUGAAAAUGUCGGGUUAUUCCCAAGAAGAAGUGAUUGGGCAAAAUGGGAAGAUAUUUCAGGGGCCGAAAACUCAUCGAAGAACGGUGAUGGAAAUAAGGGAAGCGAUUCGAGAAGAGAGGGGUAUUCAGGUCAAUUUGUUGAAUUACCGUAAAGAUGGGACGCCGUUUUGGAUGUUGUUUCAUAUGAGUCCGGUUUUUGGGAAAGAAGAUGGGAGGGUGACUCAUUUCGUGGCGGUUCAGGUCCCGAUUACAAGGAACCAUGGGAGGAAUGGAGGGGUGAGUCUGAGUGAGGAUGGCUCUGGUUUGAAUGAGAUUGUGUUUGGGUCUUGUAGGAGGGAAGUGGGUUCCGAUUCUUCGCUGGAAUUGGGUCGUGUUUUGUGCUUGGAUACGGGUAGUAAAGUAUUAGAUAUUGAAGAGACAUGCGAGGCAAGUGAUUUGGAGAAGGGAAGGGCUGCAAUUGCAUUUAACAGCAUCUUGUCUGUGCUUACCGAUUAUAGUAAGUUGACUGGCAGAUUGGUCUGUGGGAAAAGACGCAGUGUUCCUGGGGCUGGCUACAUCAGUUCAUCACUAAAUAUAUCACUUGGUAGAAUCAAACAAAGCUUUGUAUUAAUUGAUCCACAUUUACCCGGGAUGCCUAUAGUUUAUGCAAGUGAUGCCUUCUUAAAAUUGACAGGCUAUGAUAGGCAUGAAGCAUUGGGCCUUAAUUUUAGAGAUUUGAAUGGUGUUGAUACAGAUACUUCAACUUUACAUCAGAUAAACGAGAGCAUUCAGACAGAACGAGCAUGCACAGUACGUAUAUUAAGUUACAGGAAGGACAAAAGUUCAUUUUGGAAUUGCCUUCACUUAUCACCUGUUCGUAAUGCCUCUGGCAAGAUAGCUUACUUUGUGGGCGUUCAGAUAGAGGAAGACUCUAAGAACCACGAUAGACAUGGGCUCAGCCCUGAGAUGAGGCAACUUAGCGCUGUUGGUGCAGUGAAGGUUGCAGUGAGGAGCUUAUCAUUGGGUGCUGGGCCUGCUGGCUCCUCCAAGUCAUAGAUGACUUCUAUUCUUUGUUGCAGUUGCUAGUUGUAAAAAUAAUGACAGUGAAUGUAAAAGCACAAUAUCGCAAAAAUUAAUAAUAGAAUGAUA